AUGCUUUCUGAUAAUAAAAAGCUCAAUUUGUUGGAAACACAAACAACUAACACGGAGAAAGAAUUACAGGAAGUUGACGGUGAAGAUGAGAUUUCUUACGACACAGAAGAUUUGCCAGCACCUCCUACACCACCAAGCAUUUAUAAUUGGAAAAUUGUUAUUAUUGCAAUAACAGCUUCAUUUGCAGCUGUUAUUGUUGGGUACGAUGCAGGGUUUAUUGGUGGGACAGUCUCUUUAGCCUCGUUCCAAGAUGAAUUCAAAAUGGACAAAUUGUCCCCUUCACAAAAGACCGAGAUCAGCUCCAACGUCGUGUCUGUUUUCCAGGCAGGGGCCUUUUUUGGGGCAUUAUUUUUUUACCCAAUUGGAGAAAUCUGGGGAAGAAAGCUAGGCUUAAUAUUCUCGGCGUUCUUGUUGGUUUUUGGUGCCGGUAUUUCUCUUGAGGCUAAACUGUCAACGGGGUUGGCAUCAAUAUAUGCGGGAAGAGUGAUUACCGGUUUAGGUGUCGGUGGUUGCUCUGGUAUGGCUCCUAUAUACAUAAGCGAAUGUUCUCCAGCAAAGAUAAGAGGCAGGCUAGUAGGAAUGUGGGAGAUGUCGUGGCAGAUUGGUGGUAUAGUUGGCUACUGGAUUAAUUACGGAGUUUUACAAAAUCUACCAACAAGCAGAAAACAGUGGUUGAUUCCAUUCGCAAUCCAAUUGAUUCCUUCAGGUAUUUUCUUUAUUGGAACGAUUUUCAUUCCUGAAUCUCCACGAUUUUUGGUGUACAAAGGCCAAAUUGAAAAAGCCAAAGUCAAUUUGUCACAAUUGAGAAGUAUCCCAAUGGAACAUCCAUAUUCAGUUUAUGAAAUGGAAAAUAUAAUUAAGGAUGUUGAAGACAAGAAGCUGAAGUUGGCUAACGAUGGGUUUUUUGCACCCAUUUUGAAACUUUUCCUUUCUAGAAAGUUGUUAUACCGCUUGUUGUUAUCAACUUCAUUGUUUCCUAUGCAAAAUGGAGCAGGUAUCAACGCAAUCACUUAUUACAGUCCAGCUAUUUUUGCAUCAUUUGGAAUAACGGGACUGAAAGCUGGAUUGUUGUCUACUGGUAUUUUUGGCAUAUUGAAAGCUUUUGCUGCCUUGGUUUGGAUGUUUUGUAUUGUCGAUCGGUUGGGGAGAAGGACAGCAUUGAUAUAUUUCUCAUUUCCUUGUUCAAUAUGUAUGUGGUAUAUUGGUGCCUAUAUAAAGAUCGCCAAACCUGGUUUAAGAGUGGCGAAUGGCGACACACGCCAAGACGCUGGUGGUAAAGCAGCACAAGCAAUGUUAUAUAUAUGGACUAUAUUUUAUGGCUCCAGUUGGAAUGGUACUCCUUGGGUUAUCAACUCUGAGAUAUUCAGCCAGGAAGUGAGAACAUUGACUCAGGCGAUAAACUCAAUGUCCAACUGGUUUUGGGCUUUUAUAAUGGGCCGGUUUUCAGGUGAAGCCGUUGAAGCUAUUGGCUACAAAUUUUAUUUUAUUUUUGCAACUUGCAUGGCCGUGUUUCCAAUUGUCAUUUUCUUUUUGUAUCCAGAAACAAAAGGAGUGCCAUUGGAAGCGGUUGAUUACUUGUUUGAAGUUCCCGCUUGGAGAGCCAGAUCUUAUGCCAUGGCAAAAUACCUGAAAGAAUACCAGAAACAGGACUUACCCACAGAUAUACGGAUUUGA